ACACAUCAUGCGCGCAUGCGCAAAUACACGUGCAGGACGGCUUUAGCAAGCGUUAGCAUCAGUAGGUAAACAUGUAAUUUAUGCUAGAUGAAAAUAGGUUGCUUUUUCCCCAACACAAUGGCAACUCCAGCUAUUCGGAUGUUCCGGAGACUAGAAGGAGUUUUUUGUGUUUACAAACCUGCCGAUGUUCACUGGAAACUUGUGCGGGACACGAUAGAGACUAAUCUUCUUAAAGGUGUAAACGCUACACAUCCUCAGCCAGUUCCUCGUGAGGUUCGGUUCUUGGUGAGCUCAAGCGAUGAACCUGGAGCAGCCAAAGGACUCAGAGUGUCUCCAGCCGCGGUCCCUGUCCUGUCGAAGCACCCACUAGUGACUGGACCUGAAUUCCAGCAAAUCAAAGUUGGAGUGGGCCACCGCCUGGAUACUUCGUCCUCCGGCGUCCUCGUUCUUGCUGUCGGGAAUGGAAACAAGACUCUGAAUGAUCUGUACAAUACACGAAUCACUCGGGACUAUACAUUAGAGUGUGAAUUUGGGAUGGCAACGCAUGAUUUCUCUCACACUGGUCGGGUUUUGGAAAGGUCCACUUAUGAUCACAUCUCAGAGGAUAAGCUGGAGAGAGUCACUGCAAUGCUGGAAGGAGCCAAUCAGAAGGCUUUGAGAAUGUAUUCUACGGUAGACAUGGGCUCACAGGAAGCAUACGAGAUGGCGGCCAAAGGUUUACUGGGUCCAGACGGAAAAUCGGCUCCUAUUUUAACGGGGUUACGCUGCAUUCACUUCCAGCCUCCCAAAUUCACUUUAGAGGUGCAGUGCCUCAACGAGACCCAGAAAUAUUUGCGUAAAGUUGUUCAUGAGAUCGGACUUGAGCUGCGCAGCACGGCGGUGUGUAAAGGAGUGAGGCGGACCAGAGACGGGCUCUUCACCCUGCAGGACGCACUCACACGUCACCACUGGUCUGCUGCGGAUGUAAUGGAGGCCAUUUAUAAAUACCACUCGUCAAAGAGAAACCAAAAGAAAAUCCUGUUUCCCAUCAGGGAAUCCACGUUAGAAACAUCUGGAAGCAGACUGACAGGCACUCAUCAAAACAAAGAUGCAGCAGCUGGAUGAUCUGUUAUCGAACGAAUCAGCUCUAAGAGCUGUGUCUGAGCCUGAAUCCCACUCUACUUAAACACAGUUCAGCUCAGCAGGAAAAGACAUUUUCUGAUCAGAGACGUUGGAUUAUGAAGAACCCAAAAUAAGGGUGGUUUCUUCUUUUUGCUGUUUCAGAGCCACGGGGGCUGGUAUCAUUCCCAGCAUCCACCAGGUGGAAGGUGUCAAGAUGUGCUUCCUCAUCAGACUCCUCCCACCUGUCAUGCGUACACCAGGGUGUGCUCCAUUUAUCUAAAUGUGUGUCCUUGGGCUUGAUUUGGUAGAAAUAAGGUUGAGAUAAUUUUGUUUACACUUGUGUGUGUUUCACUGAAAUCUGUUUUUAAACUGGUCUCAUGCUGUCUGUGAUAAAGUUUUCCUUCUCAGAAAAAUCCGUUUUACCUAGUAAAUCUUGUAACAAUUUAUUUAGUAAAAAGAUUUUUCUUUGUGCUCCUAAAGGACUCCGUGAAAAGAACAAAGUAAUUUGAUUAGACGGCAGGAUGAGAUGAACUUCCUCUGAUAUCUCAAGGCAGUGCCAGUCAAUAUCAGAUCUGCUGUACUUCCUCCCUGACCUCUGUGGAUCCCAGAGGAACGCAGUCUCUGUGUUUGUGUUUCCAGCUAAACCUCCGCUCUGGUUGUUAGGUUACUGGUGUGGCGCAAUUGUUGUCAUGCUCUUCAUACCGUUGGAGGACUUGCCGUCCCUCAGGGGAACACAGUUUUCUUUGUCAGUCUGGAAAAACAUCAGCUCAGGACGCGGAUUAAGUGUGCCAGGAAACAAACUGUUCUGGAGGUUUAUUGAGGGUAAAAUGUUUUUAUUGUUCUGAAUUAUUCCACAGUAAUGUAAUAAAAAAUGGCAGAAUCAAAGUAAA